AGUAAGUGUCCUCGACCUGCCGUGUCCCCUCCGCCACAUUGCUGCACAGCAAUGCAGCUUAUCACUAAUCAGCGUAUCUGGCGAAAAUGUGGCCAGCGUAUCCGGGAAUCAACACGCAAGGCUGUGAGGUACUCGAGAUGAAGUACCUGCUCGACACGCAAGGCUGUGAGGUACUCGAGAUGAAGUACCUGCUCGUCGCCGCGUGACUCUUUCCCGCUCCAAAACUUGUGUGUACAUAGGAGUGUCCUGCCGACUUUGUAACACACACACGCUCCUAGUCGACUCAGCAAAACAUUUGUUCUCGCUGCUGGUGUUCCCCGAUUGCUGGGAUCGUUGAACGCAUUUCACCAUGGCAACCAUAAAGAAAAAGCUCACUCAUGAAGAUUAUGUUGUUGGCUGGAUCUGUCCCAUGCGCGUCGAGUACACAGCGGCACUUUUGAUGCUGGACGAAGAGCAUGAAAUCCUUGGACAAGACGUCGCGGACGAGAAUAUAUAUACUCUCGGGAGUAUCAACGGACACAAUGUUGUCCUUGCAACGCUUCCGAAGACUGGUAAUAGCCCAACUGCUCGGGUCAUGACCAACAUGAGCCGUACCUUCCAGGCAUUGAGGUUCUAUCUCUUGGUUGGUAUCGGUGGUGGGAUACCCGUGAGAACGGAUGACGGUCCCGUCCGACUUGGAGACGUUGUCGUCAGCGAAGGUGUCAUACAACACGAUCGCGGCAAAUUCGAAGCUAGCGGCUUCAAGCUGAAAGGCACACUUGCGCCUCCACCACAGGUUCUGCUUGCUGCUACGAACACACUCCUUGCCAAACGGGAUAUGACGGAUGACGACCCUCUCCUUGAGCACCUCAGUCGGAUUGAUACUAGCAAGAGGAGGCUCAAAAGAUAUCAAUACCCGGGUAGAAGGAGAGAUCAUGUUUACGAACCAUCAUAUACACAUCUCGUCAAAGGAGCUACAUGUGACGAAGCGCAGUGUGAUCAUAGCAAAAGGAUUUUGCGAGGACCAAGCAAUGAGACUCUUGACUCACAGGUUGUGGAGCAACCCGACAUCACAAUUCACCAAGGAACUAUCCUUUCCGGAGAGACAGUGAUGAAGAACGGCGCCCAACGAGAUGCGAUCGCCAAGCCACUGGAUGCCAUUUGCUACGAAUGCGAGGCCGCAGGAGCAAUGUCAUCAGUUCCCUGUCUUGUCGUGCGUGGAAUAUCGGAUUAUGCAGACUCGCACAAGAAUGAUGAUUGGCAUGGAUUUGGAUCAGCCGUGGCUGCGGCUUAUGCCCGUCAGCUUUUCUUCCAUCUGCCCAUAGACAAAGUCAAAGAAUGCUCUGUGCCUUUGCAAGACAUCGCAGAUAUCAAGGAGGCAGUUGGGCUGUCCAAUGAGGGUAUUGCAAAGCUUUCCGAGCGUCAAAUGAUAAGCCAGAAGCUAGCGCUUCUAGAUAAUCACUCUCUAAAGGAAGCCACUUUUGACUCAUAUGACGAGCGCAAGAAUAAUCAGUGCCUUCCCGGAACGAGAGUCGAUCUCUUGGCCGAUAUCCAAGAUUGGAGUACAUCGUCUCACAGCAAAUCUAUCUUCUGGCUCAAUGGUAUUGCUGGAGCUGGAAAGUCCACUAUCUCGCGGUCAGUCGCUGAGCAGUUCAACACAACAGGAUGUCUUGGGGCGAACUUCUUCUUCAAACGCGGCGAUGGUGAUCGUGCAAACGCAAAGAAGCUGUUUCCAACGUUGGCAAGGCAAUUGGCGCGUCAUAUACCGGAUAUCCUAGGGAAACUACUAGAAGUUUUGGAGACCGAGCCGGAUAUUCCAUCUAAGUCUCUCAGGGAGCAAUUUGAGAAACUAAUUUACCAACCUCUUGCUAGCGUACAAGAUGACGGCGCCGGAACUCAAACACCUGUCUACGUUAUUGUUAUCGAUGCCUUGGACGAAUGCAACGACGCCAGUGAUAUUCGGACAAUACUCAAACUGAUUGUCCUCUUCAAUGGUCCUCAAAAGCUAAGGCUGCGAGUUUUCGUCACGAGCAGGCCAGAACUACCAAUACGACACGAGUUCCAGGAUAUGCAAGACAACAUUCAUCACGUUGUGAUCCUUCAUGAGAUCCCUCAACAUAUUAUCGCACAUGACAUUGAGGCUUUCUUCAGAUCUGAGUUUGAGGAGCUCGCCUCGACAAUGAGAAACAACGACAGGCAAGACUGGCCAGGCGACGAAAGCAUUUGUAAACUGGUGAAUAUGGCCGUGCCGCUAUUCAUCUUCGCCUCCACUGUGUGCAGAUUCGUGAAGGAUCCGACGCGCAAUCCUGUACAUCAGUUACAGGCCAUUCUAGAACAACGUCACAGAAACUCCAAACUCGAUGCUACCUAUAGACCAGUGCUUGAGCAGAUGUGUCUCGGACGCGACAAAGAGGAUCAAGGCCGAUGGGCAUCUGACUUUCGCCAAGUCGUUGGCGUCAUCAUCACGGUCUUUGAGCCGUUGUCCAUAGCAUCUUUGGAGACUCUCUUGCAGCCAGACGACUUCGACAUCCGUCUCACAUUGGCUGCUCUUCACUCUGUUCUGGACGUAUCUGAGAGCAAGGGGAGGCCUGUUCGCCUCUUUCAUCUUUCUUUCCAUGACUACCUUGUUGAUCCAAAUCAAUGCCCUAGGGCUUUCUUGAUCAAUGAGCCUGCAUUACAUGCGCAGAUUGCGGGCAUGUGCGUCAAACUGAUGUCCAGACAUCUUCGUCGCGACCUAUGUCAAUUGCGGAAACCAGGCACGACGCGAAACGAAAUUGGACAACAGACCUUAAAGAAGUUUUUACCCGCGGAGCUUCGCUAUGCUUGUCGAUAUUGGAUACAGCAUGCCGAUCAGGGAAAGAACCCUAUCUACGACGGGGAUCACAUCCACAAUUUCCUAAAUCAGCACAUGCUACACUGGCUAGAAGCUCUUGCAUUGAUGGGUGACCUGGCAAUGAGUAUCGAAAUGUUCGACAUGUUGUAUCUGCUCGCUGAGGGAGCUGCAAGUACUCAUAUUCGGGCUUUUGUUCACGACGCGAAACGUUUCGUGUUGCGGAACCAAUAUAUCAUUGACAAGUCACCACUGCAAAUGUACUAUUCUGCCCUGAUGUUCUCUCCGACCCACAGCAUAACACGUCAAAAAUUCUGGCUAGGUGCCGAGUGGCUGAAAGUGGCUCCGGUGGUAGAAGACAACUGGGACGCGUGUCUACAGACACUUGAGGGUCAUCGAGAUUGGAUUCGCGCAGUUUGCUUCUCAUCAGAUGGUAAAAUACUCGCCUCUGCAUCAAACGACAAAACGAUUAGACUCUGGGGUGCGAAGACAGGAGCGCUGCAUAGCACUAUACAGGAUGAUUCUCAUAUUGCAGAAGCUAUUAGUUUCUCGCCUAACAACAGGCUUAUAGGAUCUACACAUUCGGACGGUAUCAUCAAAUUGAGGGAUCUGGGAACACAGGAAGUAUGCAAAAUAUUCACGGGUCAUUCAAAAAGGGUCAAUGCAAUCAUCUUUUUAAGCAACGGAGAAGUACUUGCUUCUGCAUCUGACGACCACACAGUCAGAAUUUGGGACACAGCCACGGGAUUGACACUUUCCUUACUUCAAGGCCACACGGAUUAUGUUGAGAUACUCGCAGCCUCACAGAAUGGCAAAUACGUCGCCUCUGGAUCAAGAGACGGGGAGAUUCGUCUGUGGGAUGCAGUGGCAGGAGAGCUGCGCUGCGUGUUCAAAGGCCAUUCGACCCGGGUGACGGCAAUUGCGUUCAUGCAUGACGACACGACCAUUGCUUCUGCAGACGUGAAUGGGUACAUCAAUUUCUGGGAAGCUUCAACAGGCGCACUGAGAAACAAACUCGGUACCGGGGAAACAGCUUACACAUCCGCUUUUUCGCCCGACGGCAAACUGUUUGCAGUCACUACAGCGGAUUCUCAAAUCAAGCUCUUUGAUACAGCAACAAGAUCACUACACUCUGUUUUCAUGGGGAAAUAUGACAUUGAGUUCUCACCUGACAGUACGACACUGGCUUCUAGAACCUACUCCGC